AUGAUUACCCCCUUUUUCGAAGUUACUCAAGAUGAUGAGUUCAUUUAUAUAAACGUCAAGAUAUCACAUAUCCGAUUCUCGGCUACUCAAAUAGAAAUGAUAGUAGAUAAUGAGCUAUUCAUCUUUUCCCUCCCUCCAUACUAUUUACGUAUUCGUUUACCUUUCCCCUGCGUCGAUGACGAAAGGUCGAAGGCAGAAUAUGAUUCAAAAGAAGAAGUGGUUAGAAUACGAAUUCCCAAGGAAGAACGAGGAAGAGUGUUUCCAGAUUUAGACUUGACUUCAAAGUUGCUUGCACGGUUGAAUGAAAAUACUAGUCUGAAAGCUGAAGUUUCGGGUCCAUUAAUUGAGGAAUUGGAUAUUGACAAUACUAUGGAUGGUAAACCCAGGGACGUGGUUCAAGAAGGUGAAGCUUUCGAUUGGGAAAUCAAGCAGGAAAUUCCUAACAACCAGGAACUAUCUGGAGUCAAAUAUGGAUUUAAUAAUCAGUAUGAUAAAUUGGUCGGCAUUUCUGUAACUAAUGGGAAUGAUAUCAAUGAAGUUGGAGAUCCUGAAACUACCACCGCAUCAGAUAGAGUCAUUGAAAGGUUAAUUAAGGAGAAUAUAAAGUUUGAUGCAGAGAUUUAUGCAGCUGAUUAUAUUAUGGAAAAGUAUCCGACUGCUGAUGAUGACAAGCUGUUCCAAGAUUUGCUCGAGUGGAAGAAUCCUCUUAUUAGACAAUUCUUAAAAUGGUACAAAACACAAGGUUCAAUUCCUGAAUCUGAACGAACCAAUGUAAUGGAUGUCGAGUUUACCAAAGACGAGCAAGAGAAAAUGCAAAACUUGCCUCGAAGAUCUUAUCUUAUUGACGCCUCAUAUAACCAAGAGAUUCUUAUCUUGGUAAUUUGUUUGUUGUUUGCUUAUCAUUUUGAAUUGCGUGAAACAGAAGGUGAUCACAACAUAGAAAGUGCAUGGACGAUAGGUAAGUUGGUCCCUCAAUUUGCUUUCCUUGAUUCAAAACUAGUUCUGAAUCCAGAUAACUCCGACAAUGUCCUUCGGGCUGCAGUAAUUACAUGCAUAAGGCGUGCACUUGCAUACCCUUUCCAUCGAAGUUUCAAGCUAGUGAUGAAAGUGUGGGAAGAUGUAUAUUAUAACUUAAGAGGUGGUAAGCGUUUAAUUUUGAAGGCAUUAUUAGAUUUGAAGGAGUUGUUUAGAUUCCACGAUGUUUAUUACGUUUAUGAUAAAAUCUGGUUAGAAGAUUUGGUGGCUUACUUGAUUAGUGACAACAUUAGUGAGUCUGUGAUCCGUAAAUUGGCAUACGAUUUAAAGAAAGAAUAUUGUAAGGUGUCAAAGACAGACAUAACUUUUGAGAAGAUGGGGCUUGAUAAGCAGGAUGGUGAAGACAUUGAAGAAGAUGCAGAAAUUAUUGCUUUGAAUCUACAGGAAAUUGAAUUAAUUGCCGAGGAGCUGUAUCAAGUCUAUAGACAACAGACUAAUUCUUAA